AUGUCUGCCGCUCGUGCCUUCAGCACCGCUUUCCGGGCGGGUGCGCCCCGCGCCCCAAUGGCCGCCCGCUACGCUGCCACCCGAAGCUACGCUGCCGCCGCCGCCCCGACUGGCUCUGCCAACAAGCCCCCGGUUGCCCUCUUUGGCGUCGACGGAACCUACGCGAGCGCUCUGUACACCGCGGCCUCCAAGACCAACGCCCUCGACCCCACCGCAAAGUCUCUCCAGGCUCUCCAGGGCGUUUUCCAGAAGGACGCCAAGCUUACCCAGAUCCUCCACGCCCCCUCGCUCUCCGUCUCGGACAAGCAGCAGAUUGUCCAGGAGCUCCAGAAGCACAUUGGCGGCGCCGACAAGGACGGCAUUGUCAAGAACUUCCUCGCCACACUCGCUGAGAACAACCGAUUGGGCGUACUACAGGGUGUCGUAGAGAAGUUUGGUGUGCUCAUGGGUGCGCACCGUGGUGAGGUCGAGCUGACCGUCACCAGCGCUGCGCCCCUCGACAACAAGACCAUCAGCCGCCUCGAGAACGCCAUCAAGAACUCGCAAUACGUCGCCAACGGCCAGACCCUCAAGGUCGUCCCCAAGGUCAACCCUGAGAUCCGCGGUGGACUCAUCGUCGAGAUCGCCGACCGCACCAUCGACAAGUCCGUCGCCGCAAAGAUGGCCAAGAUGAACAAGCUCCUCAAGGAUACUUUGUAA